GAAUCAACACACUAUUCGGAGACUUUGAUUUUGACAGUUACCUAAGUAGGGAUGCCUGCAGAUUUCAAUGGUUACUGGAAAAUGGUCAGCAAUGAUAACUUUGAGGAGUAUCUGAAAGCAUUGGAUGUAAAUGUUGCUGUAAGAAAAAUAGCAAACUUGCUAAAACCUGACAAAGAAAUCCUUCAGAACGGGGAUCAUAUGAUCAUUAAAACGCUAAGCACUUUUAGAAACUACAUCAUGGAAUUUGAUGUAGGAAAGGAGUUUGAGGAGGAUUUAGCUGGGGUGGAUGAUCGCAAAUGCAUGACCACUGUAUCUUGGGAUGGAGAUAAGCUGCUUUGUGUACAGAAUGGAGAAAAAGAAGGUCGUGGUUGGACCCAGUGGAUUGAAGGAGAUGAAAUGCACCUGGAAAUAAGAGUGUGUGGAGUCAAGUGUAAGCAGGUCUUUAAGAAGGUACAGUGAGCCUACUGCUGAUACAGAAGUGAAGAACAGUAGAAUCUGCAGCCUUACCACCAAAUCUCCAAAUGCUAGUAAUGAACAUCACCAGUGACUAGAGCAAACACAGAAAUGAAGAUCACAUUAGAACUGUAUAGUUAGAAUAAAAUAUUUUUAACAAAUCCUUUUAAACAAAUAACUGCAAAUAAAACUAUUUUUAGAAAUGUCAGAGAUACUAAACACUAUAA